AUCCCCUUCAUGUGGUUUACACCAGCAACCUUCCGAUAAUGCAGCUAUAUAUAUUUGCUAUUGCUGGUUCUUGAAUUUUGCUGGAAAGUGGAAACGCCACUGAGCAAGGGUCAACAGAGCCAAAUAUGGAAUAUCUCUUGGGAGAAAUAUUGGGGAAUUUGGUGAGGGAUGCUGUGAGAAGCAUGUGUACUUAUUUUGGACACCAAAUCAACUAUCUCAACAAUAUUGGAAAGCAUUUGGAAGAUCUCAAUUCACAAGCUCAAGAGCUGCAUGAUAACAAGGCAGAUAUAGAGGGAGAAAUAAGUAGAGACCCAGUUUCAACAAUCGCAACCAAAACAUGCACAACUUGGCUGAUGCAUGCAAGUAGCUUUGAGAACCAACUGAACAUGAUAGAAGCAGAGUCGAAUGCAAACACUCAAUGUCUUGGUGGGUGGUGUCCCAUCCCAGACAUCUGGUCACGAAGGAAGCUCGGCAAACGCCUAGUAACCUUAACAAAGGAAAUUGCUGAGCAUAACAGGAAAAGCUCAGAGUUGAGGCAAGGUUCAGAAAUUGUUGCUGAUAAACCUCUACAGACAGUUGAGCCAGCCCCUGUCCCUCCACCAGCUAUUGAGUUGUGGACACCCAUCGAUCGCAACAUGAAGAGGAUAUUAGAUUGCAUAAAUGAUCCUCAAGUCCAGAUGAUUGGUGUUUGGGGAAUGGGUGGUGUUGGCAAGACAACAGUACUGAAGCACUUGAACAAUCUACCUGAAAUAGAUCAGAUGUUUGAAAUUGUUAUUUGGGUCACAGUGUCCAGAAGUUUGAAUGUGAGAAACAUGCAAAACGAAAUUGCCCAAAGAUUAAAACUAAAAUUGGAGGACAACUCUGAGGAUGCUGUGGCAAGAAAGUUGUUGCAGCAUUUGACAAGCAAAAAGUACUUACUUAUUUUGGAUGACUUGUGGGAAAGCUUUGAGUUGGAGAAGAUAGGAGUCCCAAGUCCAAGCAAUGAGAACCAAUGCAAGAUAGUAUUAACUUCUCGAUCCUUGGAGGUCUGUAGGCAAAUGUUUGCUGACAGGGACAUCAAGCUGGAAGUCUUGUUUCCAGAAGAAGCGUGGAAGCUGUUUUCCCAAAUAGUUGGUAAAGUAGUGGAGUCUCCUGAAAUAAGACCAAUAGCUGAACAGAUAGUUGAGGAGUGCAAAGGUCUCCCACUUGCCAUUCGAGUUAUUGGGGCUUCCUUGAGAAACAAGAUUGAUGUCUAUGAGUGGAGAAAUGCAAAAGAAGAGCUGAGUUCAGUGAAGUAUGAGACUACUGCUCUUGAGAUGGAAGACAAAGUGUUGGCCAUACUAAAGUUUAGUUAUGACCAAUUAAAGAGUGACAGUCUGAAGAAAUGCUUUUUGUAUGCUGCAUUAUACCCAGAAGACCACGCGAUUUAUGUAGAAGAAUUGAUAGAUCAUUGGUGGACAGAGGGCUACAUUGAUGUCCAGCCAAAUGGUAGCUGGGGCAUUGCACGCGAUAGAGGUCUUAGUAUUGUCAAUCAACUUGCAAAUGCUUCUCUUUUGGAAAAGAUUGAACGUAGUUUCCUGUUAUUAAGAGUAAAGAUGCACGAUACUAUCAGAGAUCUUGCACUACAUAUCGCAUCAUUAUCAUCACCCUCAGAUGAUGGUUGUAAUAACUUCCUUGUGAGAGCAAAUGCUGGAAUAAGUGAACCUCCAGAUGAAGUGGAAUGGAGACAAGCCAUCAAGAUCUCACUAAUAAGCAAUCGAAUAUCCUACCUUCCUGAUAGGCCUGAAUGCUCCGCCAGACUCUCAACUUUAUUGCUGCCGAAAAAUCAACAUUUGGAGAUUAUUCCAGAGUCAUUCUUUGAGCAUAUGCAGGGACUAAGAGUUCUGGACCUAUCCUGGACUCGAAUUCAAGAGCUGCCACCAUCUAUUUCAAAGCUAGUAAGCCUUCGAGGAUUGUUUCUAUGGAGAUGUAGCGAUCUGCAAGCCAUACCAUCACAAGUAGGAGCACUCACCAGCCUUGAAGCACUUCAUGUAGGACCCAGAAUUGAGCACUUGCCUGCUGAAGUUGGGCAACUGACUCGUCUAAGAAGUUUGCGGGUGAUAUUUACAGCAGACCAGAAAGAUGGAACAGAAAGGCUGAUUCCUGAUGGGACACUGGUAAGGCUAUCUAGACUGGAAGACUUGAUAAUACAUGCUGAAGGGUUUGUUGAUUCCCACUUUCAAUUUUCAAAUAAAUGGAUUGGGAUUGCAGAAGCUCUUGCUAGGGAGGCAACCAGAUUGCAAAAGCUAACUAGAUUGGGUUUUCUCUUCCCGAGUGUGGAUUAUCUCGAGCAGUUCUUGGGAGCAAGUUUGUCUUGGAAGAAUCAAUGCUUGAGGCUAUUCCAUCUACAAGUCACUCCAGAUUUUACAAACCAGCGUGUGUUGUAUUCACUUUUUCAAACACUGCAACAUUCAGAGCAUUCAGUUCCUAUUCCCUACAUUGAAGGGGAUCAGAGUUUGAAGUUUGUAGGUGGGGAUGACAUACCCAAUGCCAUCGUGGAGUUACUUAGUAAAUCCUCCAUUUUCUGGUUAAAGGAACACAAGACAGCUAAAACAUUAUCAGAUUUCAAUAGGAUGGGAAGUCUGAAUCAUCUGGAAUAUUGCAUGUUGCAUGGUAGCAAUGCCAUGGAGACUGUGCUCAUGGUCAUGGAUGCCACUGAUAAUGCUGCUGUUUUGCCAAAUAUAAAAAUAUUAGCGUUGGUAGCCAUGUUCAAAUUGAGAACUAUUUUGGAGGGACAUCGAUUGCCACCAUCAAGCUUCAACAGAUUAACUUGUUUGUUUAUAAAAGAUUGUCCAAAGCUGAAAAGUAUCUUUUCAAGAAGCAGGACUCCGCAGCUCCCAAACCUUGAAAUUGUUAUAGUGAUCCAAUGUUCGAUGCUAGCAGAAAUAGUGAAGGAAGACAAGGAAGAAAUAAAUGAGCAGAAUGAUGAUGAUGUUGUGCUCUUCCCCAAGCUGAACUACUUGCGAAUUUACGACCUGCCAAAGCUAGUUAGGAUCUGUGAAGAAGAUGCACUGGCCAGCCCACCAUCAUUAGAAACAAUUGAUGUUGUUCGGUGUCCAAACCUAAAGAAACUUCCCUUGGGCUUGAGGAGCACAAGCACCGAGCAGCAGAAACAGCAGAACACAACCUCCUUAGAAAUUGGUGCUUUAAGGUUUAUCAAAGGUGAAAGAGAUUGGUGGAAAGCAUUGGAAUGGGACCAGGAUGACUUCAAAGAACAACUUCAACCUCUUUUUGUUGAAAGAAAGUGAGACAUUGGAAUGAAUAGAGACAACCAUAAGAUAUAGAUCCUGAUACUGAAAAAAAUUAUUAGGGAAAAGGGAUGAUAUGAACACUCCAUGGUGGAUUCUCCAUUAAGUCAUUGAACCAGCUAUCUGUUGUUUUUGAUAUUCCAAGUUCACAAUUCUUGAUUGCUGAAGAUCUUUAAUCAGUAAUCUUUCAUGGUUAAUGGCUAAACAAUUUAUUCAUAUUCACUAAAAAAAGUGAAUACUGGUAAGUCUAUAAAUUGUUAGUAGUAAGAAGGCGCUUAAGCCAUCACUAUCCACAUCAGUACUGCUAACAAUAAUCGCCAGUAUUAUUGAGGCAAACAUUUUACCAAAUUUUAAUUUGCAAAAGGUUUAUUUUGUGGCAGUUAGGGUUGAAUUGUUUUCAACUUUGUAAU